AGUCAUGGCUAUCAAGGGAAGUUUCAUCAUGUGCAUUGUGGAUCUUAUCACUUUAAGAAUCAAGUUCAAGAACAAAAACCGUUAGAAAUUGUAGUUAAAUGUCGAAAAUUGAAUUGUAUCCCAUUGCAAUAUUGGUUGCUCUUAUCGGUUCCUUAAUCAAUGUUAAUGGCCAUGGAAUGAUGCUAGAUCCUGUGAGCCGUUCAUCUAGAUGGCGUGUAGAUUCCACCGGCCGGGCCAACUACGAUGAUAAUGCACUCUUUUGUGGAGGAUUCAGUACUAUGUGGGGAACUAAUGGUGGCAAGUGCGGAUUGUGUGGAGAUGCCUACAACUUACCCACUCCUCGACCAAAUGAACUUGGCGGAACCUAUGGACAGGGUGUCAUAGUCAAACGUUACGCUAAUCAAAUACAGACAAAUGUGGGCAUACGAAUCACAGCAAAUCACUUGGGUUUAUUUUACUUCAAUAUUUGCAAUUUGGAUGAAUUUGGUGGAGAGUCUGAGGCUUGUUUCAACAAAUAUAGCCUCAAAUUAGCUGACGGAAGCUUUAAGUUGUACAUUGGUAGUCAGACAGGUUGGGUGAAUGCAACAAUAGUCCUUCCGGAAGGAUUAAAUUGCAAACAUUGUGUUUUGCGUUGGACAUAUCAAGGAGGCAACAAUUGGGGAUAUUGUGAAGAUGGUAGCGGGGCAAAAGGUUGUGGACCUCAGGAAACGUUCAAAGGAUGUUCAGACAUAAGUAUUACUGCACCAAUUUCUCGAGCAGCAGUGUUACCAGUUGAAGUUGCUGAUCAUAUAUUAAAACCUGCUGAUGAUAUCGACGAUGCACCAGUUGAGCCUGUUGAUGAAGCUUAAAAAAGUUUCAAAGUGUCCUUUAACAUUUUUUUAGAAGACAUACUUUGAACAGGAAUUAAAAAAAAAAUAAAAUUAAAAUAAAUUGCAGUAAAAAAUUAAUAAAGUUUAACAUCAGCAUCGCUA